CCAAGUUCAUGACGGUGAUCAAAUCUAUUUGCGACCAACGCACAAGAAAGGCGGCUGGUGGUGAGAUAGGAUCGCUAGAAAUGGAUACUGAAGGAGAAGCGAUCGUUAUUUUUGAUGACGAUAUGAUUGUCGACUUGGACGAUAAUUCCGAUGAUGAUAUCACGGUGAUUAAUUCUGAUAUAAACGAUGAAAAAAUCUCUCAAUCAAUCCAAAUUUUGAAUGUCUUUCAAGGACGACCGGUAUUGUUGAAGAUGACUGCGAUUGCUCGUCAUGUCGCGACAUCCUCACAGCUAGAUCCGAGAAUAUCACUCACGGCGAAUUGUGCAUAUGUAAUACUGGAAAAUGUGCUAAGACGUGCAAGCGUAUUAAAAAUGUGAAAGCUGUGGUAAGGCAAUAUACAGAGGCGAUCAUUGUUAUGAACACACUAUCAAAUCGCGCGCUGAAAAGUUCAACAGAGAUACCACGUUGAAAAAUUGCGAACACAAGGGAUGCACAAACAGACAUUCUCUAAAUUCGCAAUUCUGUGCAAUCCACCGCGACCAUGCAAGUACCUGGUGUUCUUAGCUCUUAUCUUAAUUAUUUUGCAGCAAUUGCAACACAGACGUGAUGUGGAAGCUAUGACCGACGUAUGUCUAAAGGAGUCUUGUCAACACAGGAGCGCGUAUGGGAAUGACUAUUGCUAUCAUCACAGGCAUAUUCCACGUCAAAACAUCAUAAAUAAAGUAGCGACUCUAUCGAAGUGCAAGAUUCCAGACUGUCAGCACAAGUGCUGGAAGAAUACCCCAUACUGCUAUGUCGUACACAACCGAUUCGCUACGCAGUAUAUCUGUGAUGAGAAUCCUUCGCUUCAAAAGUGUAUGAUCAAGAACUGCAACCAUAAGCAAUAUGCGAAUACACCUUUCUGCUUCUUGAAGCAUAUGGCAAAUCGUUCACGCUAUAAGAGAUUCAUGGAAACUGACAGAGUGUCACAAUGCUGCGUACAGUCUUGCGAGGAGCAGGCUAGCAAUGACAGUCCUUAUUGUGUGCAAGCACACAACAAUUUGCGAGAGCAGUGCCUGAUCAACAAUGAGAACACCCUGGGCAACUGUCAUGAACCUAAUUGCGACAAUAGAGUUUCAGACACAGAGCUGUUCUGCAAAUUGCAUGGAAAUAAGAACGAGCAAGGCUUCUACGAGCAAAACACAGAUAAUUCGGUAUGCAUUCACGCUGAAUGUGACAUGAAGAACAUUCAAAUAGCUCCCUUCUGUAUCGAGAGUCACUUCACACAAGCGAAAGCUUACGUGUCUUACAUCAACUCUGCUAAAUGUGAAAUGGAAGGGUGUAAAGAGCGCGCUGAAAGUGAUGUACCUUAUUGCGCUAGCAGGCACAAGCAUCGUAAUUACCAGUGGAAACGCGAUCAAGACGUUACCCUAGAGAAAUGUGCAGUACCCAAUUGUUCUCACAGGGCAAAGAGAGGGUGGGUCUACUGUGUACUCUCGCAUCAUCACUUGGUGGGUGAAACUUCUCGAUUUGUUUAGUUGGUUUUCUACACCACACAGGAGAGACAUUUUCGACAAAGUAGAGCAAAUAACACCCCCCCCAUGUGCCAUGAAAAGAUGCACAAAGGCCAGCUCUGGUGACACAAUAUUCUGUACAGCAUCGCAUAAAGACUGGGUUGCGGAGGAAAGAGCUAAGCCUGGCACAAACUAUUGCGAGAUUCCAGUUUGCCCCUUGAAAGCGACAGGCAGAGGUCCUCACUGCAACAUAUACCAUAGUAGAGAAAAUACUCAGUUUUUCCUCGACAGAGAUGUAACUAAACCAAUAUGCUCCGCAGAAGGCUGUGAUUAUCAUACUAACGAAGACGAACCAUUCUGUGUGCUUGGACAUUACACUCAGGUAAGGAACAAACCUUGCUGCCAUCAUACUAAUGAGACACAGCUCAAGACGUUCCGUAAUAAUAAACGUCGUCCUGCUGAAAAUCCUGAAGCCGGUACAAGCGCUGGACCAUCGAAAGUGGCCAGAAGAAACUAAAGCUCUGACUUGGCUGGCUGUUAUAUUUGAAAUUGUAAUAUUGCUAUUU